UCUCUCUCUCUCUCACAGCGCAGCAACACAAACAACAAAAGCAUGUUGUCCGUUUGAAAUCGAAAUCCCCAAAAAAAAAAAAUAAAAUAAAAAAAAAACACUUUGGAGUGUACCAGCUCACACAGCCAUUCCCUUCCCCUCCCUCUAUCCCUCCGAUCGACAUGGCUGCGGCUUCAUCGUCCUCCCUCAAAGGGGAGGCUACCGCCGUUGAGCUGUCUGAGGGCCGGAAAACUCCCGCCGCCGCUGACCAGCUUUCUGUUGGUGGCAUGAAGAAGGCGAGGAGAGAGCGAGUUUGUACUGCCAAAGAGCGGAUCAGCCGCAUGCCGCCCUGCGCUGCUGGUAAGAGAAGCUCAAUCUACAGAGGAGUCACCAGGCACAGAUGGACAGGCCGAUAUGAAGCACAUCUUUGGGACAAAAGCACAUGGAACCAGAACCAAAAUAAGAAAGGAAAACAAGUAUAUUUAGGAGCGUAUGAUGACGAGGAAGCUGCUGCAAGAGCUUAUGAUCUUGCUGCUCUGAAAUAUUGGGGUGCAGGGACUCUAAUUAAUUUUCCUGUUAGUGAUUAUUCACGAGAUCUUGAAGAGAUGCAGAUGGUAUCAAAAGAGGAUUAUCUGGUUUCCCUUAGGAGAAAAAGUAGCGCUUUCUCAAGAGGAUUUCCUAAAUAUAGAGGAAUUGCCAGACAACCCCAAAAUAAUCGAUGGGAGACGCCAUUCAGUCAGAUGUUUGGUAAUGAGUACCUCAACAACUUAAAUUGCAGUACAAGUAAGGAUCCAUCUCUCGAAGGAAAGUAUACAAGUCCCUUCUGCAUGGAGAGAAAAAUAGACCUAACGAGUUAUAUCAGGUGGUGGGUGCCUAAAAAAGCACGCCAAUCUGAUUCUGCAAACAACACAGAAGAAAUCAAUAGAGAGCUCCGAUUAAUUGAAGGACCAAUUCAUCCAACCGAACCAUAUCAAUUUCCUGUUCUUGGCCCUGCUCAAAAGGGAAAGUCCAAAAUACGCACCAUUUCUGCAUGCAAUAUCAUCUCACAGUCUGCUGCUUUCAAGAACUUUGAAAACAAGUUAAAAGAAAGCCAGGAAGGUAGUUGCAGCAAACAAAUGGAAAAUCAGAAAUCCAAAGCCAUAUUGUUUAGUGAUGACGGCAUUGAUAGAUCAGGUGCAGCUUUAGAUUUGAGAGAAUUUCCGGUUCAAAGAGCUCCAUACUCGUUAGCUCCUCUGCUCUCCGCGCCAUUGAGGACCAAUUGGAAUCCAGUUGAUCCAGUACAUGAUCCUGUUUUCUGGGCUAGUCUUGUUCCACCGACUGCGCAAAGUCUUCCGACAUCACUAGGGAAGAAUGAGAUCACUCCAUAUACGACAUUUCCUUGCCCAGACUAAGGAUAAAUGUUUAUGGUUCAAAUAGAGUAAUAUCUUCUUUCGCUCAUGUUAUUUAUAUAGUUUACAGAAAGAGCAUAUUAAGGAAUACAGAGUGUUGAAUGUGUGUGUUUUCUUAAGUGAAAUUUAGAUGAAAGAAAUAAAGUUUAUAUUUAUUUCAAGCAGCUUUUUUCUUAUAUACUUGUGUAUGUUAAAAGUGUUGUUGGCUGGAAAAUGAACAGUUUUGUAAGUAUAGUGGAACAAUCUUAAGGAACUUCUCUUUA